CCCAAAUAUGCACAUUGUGAUGACUGACUGUGCCGCUCAAGUGAAAAGUCGCUUCAUCACUAAAAAUUAAAUGUGAAAUGACGGUUUCGUCUUCUAUCAUCUCCAGCAUCGAAUCACAAAAUUCCAUCCGCUUCCUUCUGUCGUCAUUGGAAGAAGAUGUCUGGACUAAAAGUGGAACAAAUUGAUGCACCUACAACACUUGGUGAAGGACCUCACUGGGACCACAAUGCUCAGGCACUGUAUUAUGUUGAUAUCAAAGAUGCUACCAUCCAUAAGUAUGUUCCUUCCACCAACAGACAUACAGCAGUGAAAAUUGAUGGUGCCCAAGUCUCAUUUGUUAUUCCACUUGAUGGAGCCAAAGACAAGUUUGUAAUUUCUGUGGGCCGUAACAUUGCAAUUCUGACAUGGGAUGGUGAAAGCAGCACUCCUACAGAUAUGAAAUAUGUUAGUUCUGUUGACAAUGAGAAAGAAGUUCAGGAUAAUAAUCUGAAUGAUGGAAAGGCGGAUCCUACUGGUCGACUCUGGACAGGAUCAGUGGGUAGAGGUGGGGGUUCAUUACAUGACUUUGCCCCGGUGGGAUCACUUUUCAGCUUUUCUAAAGAUUGGAAACCAACAAAACAAUUAACAAAGAUAAGAGUUUCCAAUGGCUUGGCUUGGAGUGAAGACAAAAUGUACUACAUUGACACUUUAACGAAGAAGGUCGACGCUUUUGACUUUGAUGCUGAAAGUGGCAAAAUCUCCAACAGACGGACAGCUUUUGAUUUUGAGCUCAAUGGUGUUGAGGGACAUCCAGAUGGAAUGACUAUUGACACUGAAGGAAAACUAUGGGUUGCUACUUUUGGAGGGAGUAAGGUAAUUCGAGUGGAUCCUGCAAACGGAAAGCUGUUAAGCCAUAUCUCUUUUCCAACACCACAAGUGACAUCCGUAGCAUUUGGAGGACCACAGCUUGAUGAACUUUAUGUCACUAGCGCAAAUAUUCUUUUGAGUGAAGAACAGAAGAAACAAUACCCAUCAUCAGGUGUCACUUUCCGAGUAACAGGUCUUGGUGUCAAAGGAUACCCUGGGCAACCGGUCAAGCAGUAAAUCUUGUUUUCCAAUAUAAUAACAGUGGACACAUCAUCAUCUUGCCCUUAGUAUUUAAUUUUUUGGUACACAAUGCAAUAAUCUUAUAAAGUUACAAAUUUGGAUACUCAGGUUUCAGUUCCGCAUGAGAUGCAUCCAAUUUUUACAUUCUGAACUUUAUUAUAGACUGACUUCUACUUUUGUAUAAAAUUUAUUUCCUUUACUGUUUACAAUGGUGACAGCAGCUAAAAUUCAUAAUAUUCAUGAUUUAUUCUGACCGUCUUACAGUGCAUACAUUUAUUCAUCUUACUCUUCUCUCUU